AUGUUUACUUUUAAUGACGCGAUGAUCUGCGACCGCGCAGAUAUGGUACGUCACACUUUCGCGAAACAGAGGAAUGUCACCAACUAGUUAGCUAGCUGGGUACGAAUUAAAUAAUUUACUCUCAUAAUGUCGGUCUUUCACGACGAAGUUGAGAUCGAGGACUUUGAAUAUGACGAGGAUGACGAGACAUACUAUUUUCCCUGCCCAUGUGGCGACAGAUUUGCCAUAACCAAAGAGGAUUUGGAAAAUGGUGAAGAAGUAGCGACGUGUCCGAGCUGCUCGCUCAUUGUUAAAGUAAUCUACGACAAGGAGGAAUUUAUGUCUGGGGAGAUAAUCGAAGCACCAACUACAGAGAGCAGAUUGCAACUGACUCAGUCAUCCUGACAGCGAUGACACAUCCCCUUCAUUUUCUCAUCUCCCAUCAGUAAAAGUGGACCCUGCUGCAUUUGUAUGUGCUUUCACACAACACAAAGACACAUUAUGAACGAUAUGCUUCACUGGUGAGGUCUGGGAUGGAGGAUUCUCAGCAUUCAUUCACAUGUUCCUGGCAUUGAUUUUGCAGAGUCACAUAAAGGACCCUAACUACUACUAUUUGAUUUUGCAGAGUCACAUAAAGGACCCUAACUACUACUAUUUGCACAACGUAUUUAAAUAAAUUCUUUAUUCUUUUAA